CACUCUUCUACAGCCAUUCUCUUAUUCUCUUUUGCUUACUGACCUGCUCUGCUCAAUACUGAAUUGCAUUCUACUGUGUUGUUCUGUUCUCCAAUUCCCUGUACCAGCUCUCUUCUCACCUUAUUUUGCUCCCAAUGCCUUCUACUCUUGAUCAAUUAAAAUCUGUCACCACUGUUGUUGCUGAUACUGGUGAUUUCGAAUCAAUUGCCAAAUAUACCCCACAAGAUGCCACUACCAAUCCCUCUUUGAUCUUGGCCGCUGCCAAAAAACCUGAAUAUGCUUCAUUGAUUGAUACUGCUAUUCAAUAUGGUAAGCAAAAUGGUUCAACUCCAGAAGAACAGGCCUCAGCUGCUUUAGAUCGUCUUUUAGUUGAAUUCGGUAAAGAAAUUCUUAAAAUUGUUCCUGGUAGAGUCUCAACUGAAGUUGAUGCCACCUUGUCCUUUGAUACAGAUGCAACAAUUGAAAAGGCCUUGAAAAUCAUUAGCUUGUAUGAGUCUCAAGGCAUCUCAAAGGACAGAAUCUUGAUUAAGAUUGCUUCCACUUGGGAAGGUAUUCAAGCUGCUAAAAUUUUGGAAUCCAAAUACAAAAUCCACUGUAACUUGACUCUUUUGUUUUCCUUUGUUCAAGCCGUUGCCUGUGCUGAAGCUGGUGUGACUUUGAUCUCUCCAUUUGUUGGCAGAAUUCUUGACUGGUAUAAAGCAAGCACUGGCAAAUCUUACUCUGGUGCUGAUGAUCCAGGUGUCAUUUCUGUUAAAAGAAUUUACAACUAUUAUAAAAAGUUCAAUUAUGAUACAAUUGUAAUGGGUGCUUCAUUUAGAAAUUCCGGAGAAAUUAAAGCCUUAACCGGUGUUGAUUUCUUAACCAUCUCUCCAGGUUUAUUAGAAGAAUUACUAAACUCAAAUGAGGAUCUCCCUGUUGUCCUAUCAAAAGAAUUAGCUAAGGAUUCUCCUGAUGAAAAGGUCUCCUACAUUAAUGACGAACCCAACUAUAGAUUCUUAUUCAACGAAGAUGCAAUGGCAACUGAAAAAUUAAGUGAGGGUAUUAGAAAAUUUGCUGCUGAUGCUCAUGUAUUAUUAAACAUUUUAAAAGAAAAAAUUCAAGCCUAGGAUAUAAUGUCUAUCCAGUUUUAUUUAUAUCCCAAUAGAUUAAUAUCUUAACAUCUCGAUGUUUAACUUUUCAAUUUAUUACUCGAAUAUAUAUUAAUAUAUUUUUUUUUCUUUUUAUAAUAAUGAAUAAAUGAAUA